AUGGCGGAAUACUUUGCUGACAUAAUACGAACAUGGUUCCUGGACGGAGGAAAGUAUGAACAGGGAAACUAUUGGGAUGGAAUAUGGAGGGACCUGGAAGGACAGUUUAACGAAUUAAUGAAACGUUUAAAGACGGAUACUACAGAAGUAGCAGCACUUUGUAGUGGCAUAGACAAUAGUCGAACUAUAUGGACGAAUGUUAGGAAGGAAAUGUGCAAGACUCUAAUAAGAAUAAAAUUCUUCAUGAAUGGGAUUAAAGGAAAAGGGAAAGAAGUAGAUGGGAAGGCGGAAAUAGAAGAUCUGGGUGAAGUGGAAUCUUAUUUUAGGUGUAUAGUUGGAAGUAUGACUAUGGUAAAGUUAUAUGAAGGACACUGUAAGUUAGAUGAAAUAGCUAAAUGGAUAAUGGAACCAGCAAGGGUAAGUUUAGAAGCACGUCAAUUAAUAGGAGCACAUGAGAAGUGUAAAGACCUACCAUUCAGUGGAAUGAAAAUAGGAGCAAAUUUUAUAGGAAAUAAAGUAAAUGAAUGGUUAGAAAAGAAGAAAAGUGACACUCAAAUGUAUGGAACUAUAAUGGGGAAUACAGGGUGUCCUACGGGGACAGGGGGGAAUGCAGAAGUAGCAGCAGGAAGGCAGAAGGGGAGCAUGGAAGGCAUGGUUCAACUAUUGGGAAGACACAAUGAGAGUGAGUUGCGGGACUUUGAAGAUGACAGCAGUAAUUUACCAAGUAAUAAGUUAGAAGAAGUAUUACAAAAAGUAGGAGAAAGAAUGAAGAAAAAAAAGAAUCCUCUCGAGUGUAUUCAACAAACAAGCAACGGAUUUGAGAACGGAGAAGAGUUUCUUAUUGAAGAUUGGUUUACAGCAUUUUCUAAGAAUGUGUCCGAUGCGGACAAGGUGAAUUAUAGGGAAUGGGAAUCUCUGAGCUCUCUAUGUGAAGAUUUGGAGGGAGAACUUGGCGAUGGUAUGAAUAAAUAUAAAGACUUCUGCGAAGUCUUGGUGAGGAAUACAAUACUCGUGACAGAAAUAGAAAAACAGUAUAAGGAUAACCAAACAGGUUGUAAGAACACUGUGAAAGAUAUUCCCUUAUGUGAUUUAUUAAAAGUAUGGAUGUGGUAUAUGGAUUGGUUUUGUGUACCGAGGAAGGUCAUAGAACAUGCCCUUCAGGGGGUGAAAGUAAUAAGGCAGGACAUGGAUAAAGAUAAGAACUAUGCGGAAUGUUCUUAUGAUGGUGUACUUAACAUUCCUGAGCGAAAAGGAAAUGAUAUGGGAGGUGAAUUGUACGAACUAUUUGAGACAAAUAUUAUGCUUAAUAAAAUAAUAGCAUUAACUAACGGGAAAUGGUGUAAAAGUAGUACACGGCAAUACAGUGGAGGAAAGGUGCCUGAGCGUGAAAGCCUUGCACGUCACGACAGUGGGGCGGGUGGUAGCACAGUUGUAAGUAGUCCAGAAUUGAACAAACUGAAAAAUGAAAUUGAAAAAAUUGAGAAGGAAGUAAAGAAGGAACAGGAAGCAGAAGUGGAGCUUUUACAGAACGCCCUUCAGCAAGCCAUAGCAGAAAGUAGUAAACAGGCAUCAUCACCUCUCCCAAAUCCAUCCUCCUCCGAUGUUCUCUGUACUGAUAGUGACCUAUGUCAACGUGUAAAAUGUGUUACACCUAAAUGGUUCAAGAAUAGAGGGCGCCGGGAGAACAAUCCAACGGAUUGGGGUGAAGAUGGUGGAUAUUGGGGGGAUGUUAAAAGCUUAUUAGGGAGACUGUCUGAGGAUAUAAACAAAACGAAUGGAACUGCUGAAAGUUUAUGUAAGGACAUUAAAGAUGGAAACAGUACAUUUGUGGGUGCAAAUAAAGAGGCUUGCAAAUUCAUUGUUAAGGGUUUAGAACAUAUAUAUAAAAUUCAAAAGGGUAAGGACAAAGCAAAAAAUGAACAGUGGAUUCUGGACAACCUAAUAUUUCAUCGAACUGCGUCCUGCGUCUUAUUAAAUGCUUAUGUCGACCAAUUAGAAGAGAAGGGGGAAACUUGUAUAGACGGAAAGACCAUAGAGGAAGCAUUUAAAAAAGGGAAUGAAAAGAAGGAUGAUUGGUGUGUGGAUAAAAGUAAGGGUGGUAUUGAUUGUAUUGAAUGUAAGAGGGAAGCGAAAUUGAAUUGUCAAUUAAACAAUGAGGAAAUAAAGAAUAAGGUGGAACCCAUGCUCCAGGCGAAUAACGACAUAAAGACAACUCUGUCUACUAUAGAUAUUUUAUGUAAGAAGAAUGCAAAACUAGCAUCUGUCUCUAAGAAGGAUAACAUGGAGAAGGACAUCAAGGAUCGGGCCACAGAUAUGUUUGAAUAUAUAUUUAAAAAUAACGCAGAUAUGGAAACUCAUUGCAGUGGACAUUCAAAGACAGAUAGUAGAAUAGUUACGGACCCAGAGAGAAAAGCAUGCCGAUACAUUACUGCAGGAUUACAGUACAUUUACGGUAUUCAAAUAGAUCAGAGUGAUCUGAAUGGUGAGGGUGAACAGGCGGAAAAAAUGAGAAAGGCAGAAGAUAACAGGAUUUUUAAGCACACUAUGGCCUGUCUUUUACUGAACGCUUAUGCAGAUGAAUUGGGAAAGUAUGUUAUAUCUCCCUGUGAGAUCAGUGAGGAAACAAUAAAACAAGCAUUUGAUAAAGGGAAUGCAAAGAUAGGUGAAUGGUGUAAGGGUAAGGAUCCGAAUGGUAAGGGUGGUGAUUGUGUUCAAUGUGAUAGGUAUGGGGAUUAUGCGAAGUGUAAAAUAGAAGAUAAAGGGAAAAAAGAGGAAGUAAAACCUAAGUUGGAUGAAGUGUUCCACAAUAAAGACAACAAAAAAAAACAAUUAGAUGAAGGUAUAAGUUCUACAUUUAAGUCCUUAUGUGAUCGCACCCAAUGUGUAAUAACACAAUGGACGAGGGACGAAAGGGAUAAGCGCAAAAGGGAGGGGAACAGCACAACGGUGUGGGAGAAGGACAUUUGGGACGGUAUGAAGGGAGGGAUCGACGCACUCGCUAAUGCCACGUCUAAUACGGGCGAUAAUAUGGACAACUAUUGUACUGGCACUGAACAGAAGAAUAAAGAAGCAUGUGUACAAAUAGUUAGAGGUUUAAAGCAUAUAUACAACACUCAAAGGGAAGAAAGCGGUGGACCGAAUGCAAAGGGAAAUAAUAAAAUAUACCAUCAAACUAUGAAAUGCGCUCUACUGAAUGCAUACGCAGAUAUGCUGCUCGAGAAAUUUAAGGAAAAAUGUCCUAUUACAGAAGAAAACAUAAAACAAAUGUUUCAGAAAGGAAAUAAUCAAAAGGAUACUUGGUGUAUGGAUAAUGGUAAGAGUGGCUCCUGCAUUGAGUGUAAAAGGGAACCCAGUCUAAAUUGCAAGGGAGGGAAUAAUGGAAAUAUAUGGAGUACAGUAAAAAAGAAUCUCGAGGGUAAUCCAAAAAUACAGAAAACUCUAGAGAAAAUAUGUCCGGAGGAUAAACAACCAAAGGCUAUUAACCCUAAGGAAAAGAAUACAGAAGUGGCCAGAAGUGAAGAACCCCCCGCACCAGCACCCACAGCACCCCCAGGUGGACCAGUAACACCACCACAACCAGGUAGUUCAGGUACAGCAGAUCAAGGAAGUGCAGGAGGGAAAGCAGGAGCAGGUACGUCUUCAACUGUAGAUUGUAAUAACAGAGAAGCUGAUGCUGAGGAAAACAUUGAUGCAUGUUUUCCUUUGGACGACGAUCUGCCAGCAUCUUCUUUCACUCCUUCUCUUCCUAAUGAGCACCAUGAAGCUAGAAGGGGGGGAAUUGGCCCUGUUGGGGAACCAGGUAGUAAUAUGGGUACUGUUACUGUAACUAAUGUCAUUACCUCUAACAUUUCAGGUCUCAAUCCUGCAGUUAUGGACAGUUCAAAGAAUCCCAGUUCCUCCGGCCCAGGAACCUCACAUGCAGCAACACCAGAUGGAGGAGGUGGCGACACUCAUACUAACCCCGGUUCUUGUGGCACCGGUUCUACGGGAACUUGGAACCCAGGUUCUUCCGGUACCGGUUCCACGGGAACCUGGAAUCCAGGUUCUUCCGGUUCUGGUAGUCUGGGAACACGGGAACCAUCACCUGCCGAAGAACAUCUCCUUGAUCAUGUGGACGACGAGGAUGAUGGUCCACAUGAAUAUACCUUAGUAAAGGAACGUAAACAACCAAGAUCUGUUACAACGGGAAGAACGAAGAGAUCAACAAAACAUGCUGAUCUUCGUGGUGUUGUUCGCCGCACCAUUAUUGAUAUUCAUUUAGAAGUCUUAGACGAAUGUCAAAGGGAAUAUCUGCAUUCGACGAAGGAAGACUUCCUUAAAAUCAUUGUAGAAGAAUUUAUGGAUUCUGAGUUUAUAAAACAAGAAAAUGUUCCUAAGGAACAGGUUCAAAGUUCAGAUUCCGGGUUAGGUUUUUAG